UGAACGGUGACCGGAACGGGCGACCGGGUGGACGGUCACACGGCGGGGUUCACGUGCACCGAUCGCACUGAUGGCCGGCGGUUCCCGUGCGGAGACUGACCUCGCCGGUACCGGCGGCCCGGGAUGUCCCAACCCAGCCUGGUGCCGAGGACCAGCGGAGGACACCGCGGUACACCUGCCGACCACCGGUAUAAAGGGACACAGCGGUGGGAGGAGGGCACAGUUCGCUACUGGUCAGAUCCAGGACAACAGAUCGGUCAGAUCCAAAACAACAGACAUGAAGCUGCUCGUGUUCGCCGCCGUGCUGGCCGUGGCCGCCGCCGCCCCGUCGGAGCUCCCCUACGAGAGGAACAUUGUCGAGAUCCUCCGACAGAACAUCGACCACAACGACGACCAGUCCUACCAGCACUCUUUCGAGAGCGAGAACGGCAUCUCUGUGUCGGAGUCUGGCCAGCCGGAGGAUGACGACAGCUACAGCGUGUCGGGCCAGUUCAGCUACACGGCCCCCGAUGGCGUCACCUACACGGUGCUGUACUCGGCCGGCGAGCAGGGCUUCCAGGCGCAGGGCGACCACCUGCCCACCCCGGUGCCCACCGAGUACCCCACCCCGGAGGUGUCGGAGGAAGAGGAUGAGGAGGAAGAAGAGAAGGAGGAGGAGGUCCGUGGGGAGCCCCAGUACGAGCGUGUCAUCGUCGGCUACCGGCCACGAUACAACUAGGUCAUUAAAGAACACGUUUGAAACAACGACGCUUCAUGUGUUUGGAGGAUGUUAAUAUGAGCGGAUGUAAUUGUUCCUUCCUUUUGCGUAUUUAUUCGUUUUUUUUUUACCAACAAUUAAAAGCGUCUUGUGUCGCUGCUUAUCGCCUGCAGCAAUGACUGCAUAAUACAUAUUUUCGAUGUUCGA